AUGCGCUCAGCCGUUACGUCUCUCCUCUGCUUUGUAGCACUACCCGUCAUUCCACUCAGCUCAACGCUGGAUACGUUGAUCGAGAUAGUGAAAGAUAUCGUCUAUCUCUCUCGCGAUCUUAUCGUCUUCGGAGAGCACACCGAAAGAAUAGUAAAUCAGUUGGCUUCUGCCUUGAAGAAUAAGCAACUUUCGCAAGAUACCAAUACGAGGAAGAGCUUAGAAGAACUUCGAAAAAUGUUCAGGCUCAAUAGCUCUCAUGGAGCAAUGUUUCGACUUCGGCGUGCGCUAUUCCCCGAAGAGGAUUAUACACAGGUUGCACACAUGAGACAACAACUUGACGAUGCUCUAGCACUAUUCAAUCUCGCUGCCAACUGUGAGCUGCUUGCUAGAGUUCCGCCUUUUCCAAACCCAGUGGACCGUCUGAGAAACCCGCAUCACGGCCAUCUGAACUCUAGUUUCGCAUUCAAUGGACUGUGGAGAGAAGCCAGCCAGGCGCCGAAGCGACUUUGUCGCAUCCGAAACGGAAAGCGCGAAUUGUUGGCCGCAGGCGCGGAGGUAAACCGUCUACUUCACUUGUUCCAGCGUAGCCGAAGGCCACUCCUUGCUAUGGACCUCGCCAUCGCUCUAAGCCACUACUCCGAGCUGCUGGUCAAAUCAGGUUGUACUGCUGAUGCGCUUGCUGCCAGCCAAGAGUCCGCACGCUUGUUCAGGUCUCUUGCUGAGAAAGGGCCAGAAGUUUACCACGAUGCUUACUGA